GGGAUCUAGGAGUGGUUUCACUUUCCGACCUGAGGAAAAGCAUCUUAACAUAACGGUAUUUUCAUUAAGCUAUAUAAACAAACCGUUCGCGUUUUACGUUUAUGUCACGAGACCAUGGAAUGCUAGAAAAGAAAGUUUCUUGUGUUUGUUACGGGAUCUUCUGUUAGUGAUUUCACAUCUGCUGAAUGACCGGUGCUUUGUCUUCAGUAUAACUUCUCAUUGCUGGGAUGUGUCGUGAUUAAAGGAGCCGCCCCACUGUUUCACACACACACUUUAUUGGAUCGCACACCCGCUCGUCUCAGCAGCACUAUGUUGGCCCUCCUGUGGUGUGCUCUGCUGCCUGUGCAAGCUCUCGCUCUGAAUGUCAUCGUCCCAGAAUCCCCCGUGGUGGCUCUGUAUGGGAUGGACACAGUUCUCAACUGCUCUUUCUCAGGGGUAACAAAGUUUAACCUGUCUGACCUGACUGUGUUCUGGCAGCUAUCAGACACAAAGCGCAACGUACACAGUUUUUCGCAGAGCCGGGAUCAGCUAACCGACCAAGAUGAGAGAUUCGCUAAUCGCACGAGCCUUUACCCAGAUCAGCUGACGGCGGGAAACGUGUCGCUCCUGCUGAAGAAGGUGCGUGUUGUGGAUGAGGGUAGCUACACCUGUUUUGUGAGGGUGCAGGCGUACAGCAGCGCUUCCCUGCUUAUGCAAGUAGCAGCUCCAUUCUCCAAACCGCUGGUCACCUGGGACACAGAGUCCCACCUAAAGCCUGGUGAAGUGGUGGACCUCACCUGUGUGGCGUAUGGAGGAUAUCCACAGGCUGAUGUGCUGUGGCAAGACGGAGCUGGACGCAACUUGACGACGGACAACAUUACCACCUCUCAAGUAGCCAAUGAGGAGGGGCUUUUCAGUGUUAAGAGUGUUCUGACGGUCAUUUUGGAGCCCAACAGCACAUACAGUUGCCGACUGAUCAAUCCACUGUUAGGGGACGAAGGACAGGCAUCUGUUACAAUCACAGGUCAGCACCUGGUGUUCCCACCUGUUGCAUUAUGGGUAACAGUGGGCCUGGCCAUUUGUUUGCUGGGUCUCCUCAUCGCACUGGCUGCUGUCUGCCGCAGGAAGAUCAAAGAGAGCUGUGAGGAAAUGAGAGCGGAGGAAGAAGCCAAAGAACUUGAGGAAGCCAAAAAGUUUGAAGAAGUCGAAUCAGCUGCAACACCUCUGAAGAGCUAAAGUUGGAGACCACAGGGUUGUUGUGGCUGGGCAGUCUGAGGGCCAUGCACAGAUUUUACAGCAUCAUAAUUCAGUCCGAGAUUCAGCCUCAUCCCAUCCAGAAGCAUUUCCCUGGUAUUUGUCAUACGGGAUUUAAACUUGCGUGUUUUUUACGCAUGGUUUGAAUCCUUUUUAUGUUUUGACAUUUCACUCAAAUUCUUUCUGUAUGCGCAAGGGAAGCCAUGUAUACAGGAGAGUGAAACAAACAAUGACUGAUUUUGCAUUACGUGAGUGACUUUAUAAAAGUUCUGGCUGGUUGUACAUUAUCCUGAAAAUCUACCAUCCACUGUGAUGACACUCUUUUAUCGUUCACAAUAGAGAGCAACAGUGGGCUUUUGGAAGUAAAAAAUCCCAUUCAUUUUCUCCAUAGAGAAAUUCAUUUUUAACGAUAACACAUAAACCUUUCAAGACAGACCCACCUUGAGCUUUAAGGUUGGUAAGUGAUAAUACAUUCUUAUGUAGAGGCCACAAGUCAGUUAAACAUGAAUUAUUAUUGGCUGACUUCAUGAGGAAAAACUACAUUACCCAGAAUCCUUAACUCUUUCCCCGCCAGCGUUUUUUUUUAAGUUGCCAGACAGUGCCAGCAUUUUUAAUGAUUUUUUUUUACAAAAGUUUAAUUCCUUUCAUAAAAUGUUCUUCAUAAUCAAAUAUAUAAACAUACAAUAUAUCAAAUGAAAGAACAGGCACUCUGUUUAAAAAAAAGUUUCAUCCUACCUUCAUUUGUUUUUUAUCACCUCUCAAAUAUGGGUAGGUUUUUUUCAAAAACACAAAAUUUUGAGCAAAAAGCUGUGAUAAUUCCAUUUUUGGAAAGGACUUUUUAUAGAGAUCAGAUUCAGAGCGAUCCUCAAAACUUACACGGACAUACAGCUGUUUGCCCUAGGGCGAUAUUUCUGGGUUUAUAAGUUGCUGAAGAGCGCCACCUGGUUAAUAAUAGUGGUAUUACAGAUUGCCGGAAAUACUCAUCAUUGGCAGGCAAGCAUUUUCUCUUAAUUGACGAGUAAACUCAUCAAUGGUGGGGAAAGAGUUAAUCAGAUAAUUUACUAAAGGGCCAUUUGUGGAUGUAUUUGUGGACAUUUUAAUAUUGGGCAAGAAACCUUAAAUACAUUUACAUUGUAUGCUGUCUUAUUUUAUUUGUAUUUUUUUUAAUGGUCUCAAGUUCAAUUUUUUUUCCGCAUACGCCAGGGUCCCCUUACACUGUACGCACACUGCCAGAUUUUUGUAACCAGACAUACCAUGUACGGUUAGGUUGUGCAUGUAUGUACAGGAGAAUGUAGUAUGUUCCCAAGAGAUGCAUUGCAUUUUGUCGCAAUACGCAUGCGUUGAACGUCUGUACAAAUGUGUACGAGUCAAAUAAACUAUACUUUGCAAGGC